AUGACAGAUUUUAUUUCAUCUGUAGAAGAAACUGUUGUUAAUGGUGAUGUUGUUACAACAACAACAGAAAUUAAAACAAUGAAUCCUGAUCAUUCAGUUACAACAACAACAACAGUUGAUAAAACUGAUCAUGCUGAUGAAGAUAAUCAUAUGACAACUAUAAGUCAAACAACAACAUCACCAGAUUUAGAACAAAAAAUUAUUCGACAAAUUGAAUAUUAUUUUAGUGAUAUUAAUAUGGUUCGAGAUAAAUUUCUUAAAAAUGAAAGUAUUAAAGAUGAUGGUUGGAUACCAUUAUCUUUAUUAACAACAUUUAAACGUCUUCAAUCAUUAACAACAGAUUUUCAAACUAUAAUGAAUGCACUUAAAAAUUCAUUUUCAGGUCUUUUACAAUUAAAUGAAAUAGAAAAUAAAAUUCGUCGUCAUCCAAAUCGUUCAUUACCAAAUAGUCAAGCUGAACUUGAAUUAACAUUAAAAAAUCGUACUAUUUAUGUUAAAGGUUUUCCACAAACUGAUGAUGUUACAUUAGAUAAAUUAUUUAAUUUUUUUGAAAAAUAUGGUGCAACAGAUAAUAUACAAAUGAAAAAAAAAUUUAAAACAAAAGAAUUUAAUGGUUGUGUUUCAGUUAUUUUUCCAACUGAAGAAAAAGCACAAGAAUUUAUUGAAAAUUCAAAAAUAAUACCAAUUAAAUAUAAUAAUCAAUCAAUAUUAGAAUGUUCUUUAGAAGAUAAUAAUGAUAAUGAAAAAGAAAAAGAAAAACAAUUUAAAAAAGAAAAAAAACAAGAAGAAUUAAAUAAACAAACUAAUCAACAUUUAGAAAAAUUAAAUAAUGAAAAUUUACUUGGUGCACUUAUUCAUCUUGUUGGUAUGGCAGCUAAUACAACACGUGAAUUGAUCAAAGCAAAAUUUAAUCCAUUUACUAAAAUGCCAUGGAUUGAUUUUAAUAAAGGUGAUACUGAAGCAUGGGUACGAUUAAAUGAAGCAAAUACAGCAAAAGAUGUUCUUGAAAAAGUUUUAACAGCUGAAAAUGGAAAAUUAAUUAUUGAAAAUAAUGAAAUAACUUGUCGUAUUGUUGAAGGUGAAGAAGAAAGACAAUUUUGGAAAGAAGCAAAUGAAAAACGAGCAGCACAACGAACAAAAAAAAAUGAAAGAUAUACUAGUGGAAAACGAAACGGACGUAGCAAACAAAUACGUCGUAGUGGACAAAAACGAAAACGUGAACAAGAUGAAGAUGAUGAAUCGAUUAGUGACGAUGAAGAACCAUCAACAUAA